CAACAGAAUAAUCAAUCACAAUCAAGGAAAGUUCAGAGCUUUCGAUGUGCUAUUAGGCUCUUGUUUUCUACGAAUUCUGUCUACUUCUUCGUCCUCUUAUACACACUUUGUUUGAUUUUCCUCAUCUCUUUUUCUCGGAAAAUCUGUCUUCUUUACAAGAAAUUUUAUGGGGAGGACUGGUUUGUUUGAUCUUGAAAGGCACUUCGCCUUCUACGGCGCAUACCACAACAACCCAGUUAACAUUUUGAUACACACUGUGUUUGUGUGGCCGAUAAUGUUCACCUCUAUGGUUCUUUUGUACUUCACACCUUCUCUGUACACUUUCCCAGCUGGGUUCAGUCAUGAUUUUCUCUUGAAUUUUGGGUUUGUUUUCACUGUGAUCUAUGCCUUGUUUUAUGUCUGCUUGGAUAAGAAAGCUGGGUCUUUGGCUGCUUUGCUCUGUGUUCUCUGUUGGGUUGGAGCCAGUUUGCUUGCUGGUCGCCUUGGAUUUUCUUUGGCAUGGAAGGUUGUGCUGGCUGCUCAGUUGUUCUGUUGGACUGGACAGUUCAUAGGCCAUGGGGUGUUUGAGAAACGAGCACCAGCUCUUUUGGACAACCUCGUUCAAGCAUUUCUAAUGGCGCCUUAUUUCGUGCUGCUUGAGGUUCUUCAAACAGCGUUCGGCUAUGAACCUUAUCCCGGGUUUCAUGCAAGUGUGAAAGAAAAGAUAGACGCCAACCUCAACGAGUGGCACGAGAAGAAACAGAAGAAAAUCUCUUAGUGUAGAUCAGCCACAUGAGACUGUACUAGUGUAGAUCAGCCACAUGAGACUGUACUAGUGUAGUUUAGCCUCCUGAAAAGAAUGAGAU